UUCCUGGAAAAAGAUGGUUCCCUAUAGUUGAGUUAAACAUUGCAUUCAUAUUAUAGUAGCCAUAUUCUUGAUCGACCAUAGUAAAAAUCGUGCUACAACGUAUUUCACCGUAUAAGAGAAAAUAAUAGACGUCUCAGUUCGUAACCAUUUUUUUCAAUAGAGAUAUUCAAUAAUCCGAAUGUAAAUUUUACUCCAGAGCAUGCAGUAUAGAAACAUUUCGUCAUGGAUAUGGUUAUCGCUUUUAUUAACAACGAUUUACGUGCCGACACAAGGGACAUCGCUAGACCCAGUGACCAUGAGGCAAAUACUACCAGUAUACGCGGUUUUGGAAAAUGUCGAUCUUCUAAAUUCCAGCAGAUGUCGGACGGAGAUUGAUGAAUUUCGUAAUGCUGUUGACAACCAGAUACCUUGGGGUUUAAGAGUCCUGGACACCAGUGGCGUGCCACCCGGGGGAUUUAUGAGCGGGCACAAUUAUUGGUUAGGAGAUCGUAUGGGUUGCACCAUUCUUUCCCAAAAUCGCACGUUGUUUGUCUCGGAGGGGAAACGAAAGAACAAUACGAUAUAUCGCAACCCGAACCAGGAGCAUCCACCUUUUGAGCUCCGUUUUUUUAUUGGACGCAUGCGGCACAGUAGCAUUAUGCAAUAUCACCAAGAAGUACUAGAAGAAGACUUGAUUACGCUUGGACUUUGUUUACCGGCAUCCUGCACAAAAGGAGAGGUAGCCACGAUGCUAGAUAAAAUAUUGCACAACGAGACUCUUCACAUCGGCAAACUUUUUGCUAUACACUUUAGGCUCAUCGAAGUCACUGAUUUGGUGAAUGAUUAUCAAUGGCUACACUCUGCAAAGAUGAUCUCCAUCAUAGGAGUUUUGCUAUUGUUGUGUACUACCGUGACAGCAGCCACAGUAUACGAUUAUUUCGCCCAUCGAAACCGCGUAAACAGCGAAAAGGAAAUCGUUGCACUCAAAAAUGGAAAUACGAAGGGUAAGCGAUACAUACAAUUGGAGAACGCAACAGAAGGAAAAGGCAAAACCGAUUACGAUGAACUGGCACGCUCGGAAUCGAGGGAACAAAAUCGCAUGGCCCAAUAUCUGCUAUGUUUUUCACUCCUUAGACAUGUACAGCGAAUAUUUAAAGUACAAGAGGGUGCAAAGGCUUUGCGUAUAUUCCACGGUAUGAGAGUGUUGGGAACGCUAUGGGUAAUACUGGCACAUGUGAUCUUAUACGGAUGGGGUGCUAUGGCUAACAAAUCGCAUACGUACAUGAUGGUCGGCGAAGUAUCCUUACAAAUAGUAAAUAAUCCGACAUUCUCGGUGGACACGUUUUUCUUUAUGAGUGGUUUUCUGACGUCUUACAUUUUUCUGAAGGAAAAAGAAAAAAUGGAGAAAGUACCGUCUAUAACAGAAAGGGUGAAAAUGUUCCUUCAAAUAAUUAUGAAAAGAUAUAUUAGGCUCACACCUGCAUAUUUCGUCGUUAUACUCAUAGCGAUAUUGAAUUUUACCUGGCAUGAUCAUGCCUCAGCACUUCUUCCCUUUGAGCAUCCAAAUGCUAAGUGUUCCAAAUAUUGGUGGACUAAUAUCCUUUAUAUCAAUAACUUCUACAGGUGGGAUGAUCUAUGUCUCACAUGGAGUUGGUACCUGGCUAAUGAUAUGCAGUUCUUCAUAUUUGGUAUUUUUCUCCUAUUGUUAUCGAUCACGCAUUACAAUAUAGCUAAGGGUAUAGGAGUUGUUUCGCUAGUUUCGUCAAUAGCAUCCGUCGCUUAUAUAGGAUACACUCUUAAUUACGAGACUACCUUGGACGGACAAUAUAGCACUGGAACGUACCUUUAUAUACGACCGUGGUGUAGAAUAUCGCCUUACCUCAUAGGAAUGGCUACAUGUCACCUUCUUACCACAUGCAGCUACAAAUUACGGUUAUCGAAAAAAUUCUUAGUCCUUGGUUGGACCUUGGCAAUUCUGUGCAAUUGCUUGAUUCUAUUUAGUCCCGUGAACCAAAACGUGCCCUUAAACUUAGCCGUUCUUUAUUUGGCCCUCAGCAGAACGGGCUGGGCACUGGGUAUUGCCUGGCUGGUAGUUGCAUGCUCCACGAAUCAUGGCGGUAUCGUGAACAAAAUCUUGUCGCUGGAUUUUCUCGUCCCCUUUAGUAAACUAUCGUAUGCUGCUUAUCUCCUUAACCCUAUUUUUAUACUUUCGACUCUUUAUUCAAGUUAUUAUCCUUUCUACAUUGAUAACAUUACCUUCGUAAGUAUAAUGCAACUAUUUCAUUUGGACAAUUUCGAUAUAAUAUUACUAGUGUAUUCUGAAAUAACAAUUCUGUUUUUCAGGCUACCAUGUUCGUUACAAUGGCUGUUUGUAGUUUUAGUGCUUCUAUUCUGUUAUAUGCAGCAGUCGAAAUGCCGUUUAUGUCACUCCUGCGAUUGUAUAAUAGCGCACGAAGAAAAGUGUAGCGACAUACUUCUUCCUGAAUUAUUCGCGUUCGUUGUAAACGUAUUUAUGAUGGUGAAUAUUAUAACAAACGUAUAACAAUU